UUUAAAUAUAUAUAUGUGUGUGUGUGUGUGUUUGUGUGUGUGCGUGUAUGUGUAUGUGUGUAAAUUAACAAGCACUUAUAAUCAUCAAGCAUCAUUGUUGUUGUUAAUUCGUUAACCAUUCACCCGACUCCGGGAUCUUAGCUUGAAAAAUGGUUAAACACUACCCCACGCCAUUCACGCCCAAAGAUUCAUCGGAAAUGUGCAUGCAGACCAGGAAGCCACUAUCAGCUUGUCACACGGAGAAUUUUGUGUUCCUUCGAUUUCUCAUGCACUUGUUCGGAUACACCGUUGACGGUCCAUCUAUGGGCAACAAUAAAAAUGUACUAAUAGAAUCCGACCAGUCGGAAACGCAAACCAAAAACUUCUUGGACGGUUAUGGACAUCUAUUCGAUGAAAUGUUUAUGUCCGUUUUCCAGAAAAAAAGGCGAAAAAGAGCAGUGCCCGAUGAGUACGAUUUCGUGGUAAUUGGCGCUGGAUCUGCAGGCUGUGUUGUCGCCAAUAGAUUAUCAGAGAUUAAAGACUGGAAGGUGUUACUACUUGAAGCUGGUAUUGAGGAACCUGAGUUCUCUUCUGUGCCAGGUCUUGCGCCAUUACAAUUGGGAAGUAAGAUUGAUUGGAAUUACACAACACAACCCGACUAUCAUAUGUGUAGGUCCAGACCAGGUGGAAUGUGUGACUGGGCAAGAGGUAAAGUGAUGGGUGGAUCAAGUACAAUUAACUAUAUGAUUUACACUCGAGGGAAUAUGGAAGAUUACGACGAGUGGGAACGUAUGGGCAAUGAUGGUUGGGGAUAUGAUGAAGUUCUUCAUUAUUUUAAGAAGUCUGAAGAUAAUGAAGAUCCAGAAGUUUAUAAAAAAAAUCCAGAAUUUCACGGUAAAGGAGGAUAUCUCACAGUAGAAUGGUUUCCAUAUGUAGAUCAAACUGCAGUAACAUUGAUAAAGGCAUGGCAAGAAUAUGGUUUACAGUAUGUAGAUGUAAAUGCAGAAAAUCAAAUAGGCGUUACUCAUUUACAAUCUACGGCUAGACACGGCGAAAGAAUGAGUACGAACAAAGCAUUUAUACGACCGAUUAGAAAAAAACGAAAAAAUCUAACUGUACUCACUGACGCUCAUGUAACUAGAGUGUUGAUCGAAAAAAAAAAAGCUACGGGAGUGGAAUUUUUAUAUAAAAAUAAAAUGAGAACGGUGUUUGCCAGGAAAGAGAUAAUUCUUAGUGCCGGGGCGUUGAACUCUCCAAAAAUAUUGAUGCUUUCCGGUAUUGGACCUGAACGACACUUGAAGAAAAUGAAUAUUAAGGUGGUGAAAAAUUUAGCAGUUGGAAGGAAUCUACAAGAUCACGUCACGACCGACGGUAUAGUUAUUAGAGUAAAAAAAACAGCCACCGACAAGUCUCUCAAGGAGAAAAAAGAAGACGCUAUUUUGUAUAAAAAGAAAAGAAAAGGUCCUUUAGCAGCUACCGGUCCGUUACAAUGCGGUGUAUUCCUUCAAACUAAGUUUGAAGAUUCACACGACCUUCCUGACAUUAACUAUGCAUUUGAUAACAGCAAUGAGAAAGAUUGGAUUCUUGAUCCCGGAAAUGCCACGAAAUUUGCUAUGUCUCCAGUUUCUUAUUAUGAAGCUAUUAACGUACGACCGAUUUUGUUGAAGCCAAAAAGUAGAGGUUAUAUUUUGCUCAAUAAUACUGAUCCCAUUUGGGGUCAACCAUUGAUUUACCCACGUUUCUUUACUAAAGGAAACGAUCUGGCAAUACUUAUUGAAGGGAUUAAGAUCGGAGCAAAUCUGGUGAAGACGCAUUCGAUGCGGAAGAUCGGAGCGUCACUGGUGGAUGUGCCGGCCAAGGCGUGCAGGGAUCACAAAUUCGGCACGGACGAGUACUGGGCGUGCGUGGUUAUGGAGUACACGGCCACUAUAUACCAUCCGGUGGGCACGUGCAAAAUGGGCCCGGAGCACGACGAGGAGGCCGUGGUCGACCCGCAGCUGAGGGUGCACGGCAUCGCCGGUCUCAGAGUGGUAGACGCGUCCAUCAUGCCGACGAUCGUGCGAGGCAACACGAACGCGCCGACCAUAAUGAUCGCAGAGAAAGCGUCGGACAUGAUCAAGGAUAAAUGGUUGCACAGCGAUACAUUUGAUAUGAGAGAAGAUGAUGAUUAUGAAUAUGAACGUUUUGUUAACGAUUUUUAAUGAUUAACAUGAACACCCGUAAUUUUCCGGUAACCGAUCUAUUAUGGCAGUUCAACUAAAACAAGUGUCGUCUGUAAAGCCAUUCGAAUUUUGUACUUGAUAUUUACUUUAAAACAAUGCAAUAUUUUCCGAAAGGACUCAGUUUCCAUGUUAACAACGUUAAAAUCAUCAAUUAUCGUACGGUAAAUGCAUGUUGCUAUCAAUGCUAUCAUGGUCAGACACUACGCUUUUUCUAUGCUUACAGUCGUCCUUGAUAAAAUUUUUAUUUUACAAUAUGAGCUUCGACUCUAUCUUCUUCUUGAUAAAAAAAAAAAAAAUAUCUUUACUAUAAAUAAUUUAAGAAAUAAACUUCUUAUGGGAACCGGUCUAUUUCACUAAAUAUUAUAUUCAAAUUCAAAUCCAGAUCCAGUAAAUAGUAUUACUUUGGUCUGUAGUAAUAUUAUAUGGUUAUACUAUACAUUAUACAAGUAUAAAUUAACGUGAUUGCAAUUUAUGUUCACAUGCAUGUAUAAAUUCGUAAAUAAGAUGUGUAAUCAUUAUGGACACAGCAUAUAUAUUUAUUUGGUAUUUUUAACUGUAGUCAUUUUACUAUUUCUGAUCUUGUCUGUUAAAUUAAAAACUAUUGACAAAACUAAAAUAAACUACACCACAGCCUGAAAAUUUAAAUAUAUUUAAAAUAAAAAACUGAGUAAUUGCACUUUAAUUAUUAAAAUAUAAUGACACGUUGUAGGUAUUCGUUUCCAUCGUACAGUAGUAUGAUCUAUUUAUUUAAAAAUAACUCCAAUAUGAUAUAAUUCAUAUCAUCCAAUCAUAUAAAUGUGGUACAUAAAAUAUCCCAAGUUUGAAAAAUGGUUUAAUGUUAGUACAUAAAUACGUAAGACUUAGUACUCGUAAAACGAUUAUACGGAAUCAUAAUGACAAUUUUAAAAUUAAUGAGUACUUACUGAAUAUAA